UCAAGAACUGAAGAAGACGAGUCGUUUUAUGGCUCCAAUGGUAGCGGUCACAGUUUUUCAGUACCUCUUGCAAGUUGUAUCAGUCAUGAUGGUGGGACAUCUUGGAGAGUUAGCGCUGUCUAGUGUUGCCAUCGCCACUUCUCUAACUAAUGUCACUGGUUUCAGCCUGCUUACAGGGCUGGUUGGUGGUAUGGAGACACUAUGUGGACAAGCUUAUGGAGCUCAGCAAUAUCACAAACUCAGUACAUAUACCUACACUGCUAUAAUUUCUCUGUUUUUA